CGUGAAUCACCAGCACAAGACGUUGAUUCAAACUGACAAGGCCGCUGCGGGCCAUGACAAUAUCUCCAAACCAACAAGAUGACUGAGGUGGAGGUUAAUGGUACGAGCGGGGGGGAUCUGGAUUUCACCUUCACGAAGGCAGCAUUGUCUUCCUCCUCCACGUCUUUGCGCCUCGGACACCUGCACACACUUGAAGAAAGACUCUCAAAUAAUGAAAUCGGCCAAGACUCAUUCCCUGCCUUACUUCGACUUUUUUUCAACACAUACCCAUACUACCACGAUCGAAAUUCACGGCGAGCUGUUCAACGAUGCAUACGGUUGAUAUUCAGUUCAGAUGCUACUCCUGAAGCCUUGACAGGCUUUGUCAAAGCUGUUCAUGCAGAAACAUCCAAGCCAAACCUUGCUCCGAGCAAUGCGUUUGUUCUCGUGGAAUGGUGCAGCAUUUUGCUCCAGACGAUAUCUGGCACAAGCCACUGGGAGAAAUGGGGUCUUGAGACUAUUCUCAGUAAUGCACAAGCUCUCGAAUUAUGCCUUGGCGAAUCUUCGCGGUCCAAUGUCAAACAUUCGGCACUGGUCGUCACUCGGCGCGGUUUACGCACAGUGUUCUCGAAAAGUGACACCCAACGAAAGAGGAUUGAGGAUGCUGUACAGAAUCUUGCCUCAAAAAGUAGCCGACCUUCUGCUAAUAAUGCUAUUAUGCUUGGGGUGAUCGCUGGUGUCUGCGCAAGGAAACCAGAGGCAAAGGAGAUCUUGGCAGGCAGGAAGACUGAGUUCUAUACUUUCUACAACAGAGAAAUCAUUGGAUCGCGAACUCCUGUCCCUAUACACAUAGCUAAUGGUCUGGAGGAUUUUUUUGUGGCCUUUACAUCGAAGGAAGAUAUCGAGAAGGAAGUCGUUCCAUCACUCGAAAAGGCUCUUCUUAGAGCUCCUGAAAUCGUCCUCAACGAUCUUGUCUCACCACUAUUCCAUUCGCUAUCCGAUUCAGUAGAUCUUUCUACUGUCUUACGGAAAAACCUCCUAAAACCUCUGCUAUCUAAUGUCAAAUCUACGAAUGCUGCGAUACGCCAUGGGGCGCUCAAUGCUUUCAAAGCUGCUGUAGUCAAGUGUCACGAAGCGGAUAUUGUUGCGCAGAUUGCGGAGGAGAUUUUGAACCCAUUGAAGUCUGGAAAGUUAUCGUCGGCAGACCAGCGAAUCUACCAUGCUGAGAUGCUUGCCAUGCUACCUGUUUCUAAAACCACUGCUGCAAUGCUAUCUCCGACCCUCGCCGUUGUUGCGGGAAAGGAAACAAAUGAGGCUGCCCUAGCAGCGGAGACAAUAGCACUUCUCCACUACCUGGAAUGGGGUGUCAAGAAUGAAAUGGACUUCGACAAACCCGUGAUUGAUGCAUUUCUUAAAGGUAUCUCUGAAAAGAAGGCUCCGUUUCGGAGGCUAUGGACGCUUCGUCUUGGCCAACUUUUCUGGUCCACAGAUGAUCAGGGUAUUCUGAAGUCGAGGUUUUCCAGUCUCGCGGAAUCUUCUAUGCCGGCCCUAUUGGAGACAUGGAAUGAAGCCACAACAAAUCCUCUUGCUGCAUCACAAUCUGGGCUUGUCACCGCCGCUUACGUUUUCACUGCCAUUUCAUAUGCCAAACUUGUGCCGAUAUCGAGCUCUAAGAUUGAAGCUGCAUUGAAAAAGGCACAGGUGGCACAGCAGGCAUUGACUAUGGAGCCUAAGCCAUCAUUCCUGCUAAAUCAACGUAUUUAUGGGAAGCUCACUGGAGAUGAUGAUUUCAAGUGGUUCAUUCGAGCUCUGUCUUACUUAUUUCAGGACCUUGCUACUGUUGAGCCUGAUUCAACAAUUGCCAUAGGCUGGUCCCAAGCUAUGAUCUUUUGCAUAUGCUCCUCAACCGUCAAGCCAGCACUCCGAAUAGAGGCUAUUCACGCCCUGUCAAGACUCUAUGUUCAAAGUCCUACACAUAUUUCAAAUAUCAUCGUGGCCGGGAUCUGGCGGUGGAGGCGUUCUAUCGAGACUGGUGAAAAGGAUAGUGCUGCUAGUGCUGCCAAGAGCGAUAAUCAAAACCUCCGCCUUGUUGUCAAAUCUAUAUGUCUACCACCAGCAGACAUUUCCCGAUUUGGUGGUGAGGUUAGUGAGCUGAUACGUAAGGAUCAGAUGAUAUCGAUGUUGGUUCUUGCACGACCCGAGCUCAUACCGGGCGUGAACUGGAUAGAUCUAUGUCUAAGAGUAGAGGUAGAUCCUGGUGAACUUGCUAGAAUCGCUGGAGAGUCACUAAUUCAACAAAUACUUGACUCCACAAGCUUUGAUGAAAAGGCUUCUCUGCAGCAAUCUAGCGAUGUCAAAACCGCCGCUUUCAAUGCUGCGGCAGAUCUCGUUUUCGUCGCACCCGAUGUUAUGGCAUCUCGGAUAGUCCAACUCCUGCAGCAGGACCUCGAGCCAGGUCAACUAGCCGAUGUAGGCCCAACAGAGGCUGCCAUAUUCCGGACCCCAGAUGGAACGGUAUUUGUUGAUGUAUUGGCUUCCAAGUCUCAAAGCUAUACCACCAACAAGAACGUCAAGGAUUACGACACAUUAAAAUGGGAGGAAGAACUCAGGGCACAACUGGCACAGAAGAAAGGCCAGCAAAAGAAACUGACGCCGGAGGAGACUGCCAAGGUUAACGCCCAAUUGAAGAAGGAAGCGGGCAUUCGACUACAAAUUCGGUACCUUGAGGCUAGGCUCAUGCGCGGAAUUGGUAUCAUAAAGAGUCUGGCGACCGGUCCUCCAACAGAUGCUAGUCUUUGGAUAGGCCCGGCAGUUAAGGCACUCCUGGAUGUCAUCAACGCUGGUGCAGGCCUCAUAACUGGGAACGCAGCUUCGGAUGCAUAUAUCAUAUGCUCGGAAAGACUUGCCCCCCGUAUUGGAACUCUCCGUCCAUUUAUUGGCAUUGCAACCUUGAGGGCGUUGGACGUCCCGCAUCUUCCAGAAGCUCUUCAAGAAGAACCUAUUGGCGCACUGGUUACCAGAGUCUUAUAUCGUCUGCGGUUUUCCGGAGAACAACGCCCUUUCGACACUGUAUCCCUGACAUACAUACUCCAAUUAGUAUUUCUGGUUCUUCGCAAUGGUGGCUUUGGUGAAAAGGACGACGCCGAGGCUCAAUUAGUCCUUGCAUUAGAAUUCCUUUCUUUCCACACAGAUGCAUGCUCUGACACUCUUGUGCCACGGCAGGAGGUUCUGGCUGCAUUGAUAUCAUCAAUGCAGACUUACACCCAGCAUUAUAAAAUCAUCAAAGACUGCUUGGCGGAUCUUUGCCGGUGCAUAGCACCCAAUAUUACAGAUCAAGAGAUCGCCAUUCUGGCCAAAGGCGCCAUUGUGCCACAAGUUUCUGUCCGUACUUCCGUAUUGCAGUCUAUCAGCGGGGAUAUUGAUAUGAGCGAGCUCGACUUCUCAGAAGAGAUAUGGCUCGCAUGCCACGAUGAUGUUGACGAGAAUGUCGAGUUAGGUCGUGAUAUUUGGGAAGAAAGCGGUUUCGAGAUAUCGGCUGAAUCUCCUUUCAGAAUGCUACCUUAUCUCAAGAGCAGUGACAAGCAGCUUCGAAGAGCCGCAGCCAGAUCACUCGCCGAAUCGGUCAAAAUCCAGCCCUCAACGUUUGACGAUGUACUAGAGCGCCUGCAGACUUCAUAUGAAGAAUUGGCGAAACCUCGCGUACCUCAACUGGACGAAUACGGCAUGCCAAAGAAAAUGGACCUUUCAGACCCAUGGGAGGCAAGGAACGGCAUUGCUCUGGCUUUCAAGCAACUGGCACCCGUAUACAAGGAAAGCUUGCUGGAUGAGUUUCUACAUUUCCUCAUUGAGCGAGGACCUCUUGGUGAUCGGAAUCCAAAUGUCAGAGAAGAAAUGGUGGAAGCUGCUACCGCUAUUAUCGCACUUCACGGUAAAAACAAAGUUGAAGACUUGAUGAAGACCUUUGAGCAUACGCUGGAAGCUCCUGACAAGGGCUCCGAAUUCGCGGAUCAAGUCAACGAAGCAGUCGUUAUCAUGUACGGCGCUCUGGCCCGUCACCUGAAAGCAGGAGAUCCUCGUGUACCAAAGGUCGUUGGCAGAUUGUUGGAAACCUUGAGUACUCCAUCAGAGGCUGUGCAGUAUGCUGUCGCAGAAUGUUUACCACCCCUCGUCCAUGCUUCAAGCGACAAGACAUCUGACUACGUUCAACAAGUUCUGGAGAAACUUUUGAACUCUAAGAAAUACGCAGCUCGACGUGGUGCGGCAUAUGGUCUUGCAGGCUUAGUACAUGGUAAAGGCAUUUCUGCACUUCGCGAGUACCGAAUCAUGUCGACUCUGAAAGGCGCUAUAGAAAAUAAGAAAGAUGUCAACCACCGAGAGGGCGCUUUACUUGCUUAUGAGCUUCUUUCAACGAUCCUCGGACGCAUCUUUGAACCUUACGUCAUUCAAAUUGUGCCUCAAUUGCUCUCGAGCUUUGGUGACGCCAGCGCUGAUGUCCGAGAUGCCUGUCUGGCUGCUGCCAAGGCGUGCUUCGCGAGUCUGAGUUCAUAUGGAGUAAAACGAAUUCUGCCUACUCUUCUGGAGGGACUUGAUGACCAGCAGUGGCGAAGUAAAAAGGGAGCGUGCGACCUUCUUGGUGCCAUGGCCUACCUUGAUCCUCAACAGCUUGCUCAAAGCUUACCAGAGAUUAUCCCGCCUCUGACCGCCGUCCUCAACGACAGUCACAAGGAAGUUCGGCUUGCUGCCAAUCGAAGCUUGAAGCGCUUCGGUGAAGUUAUCAACAAUCCAGAGAUCAAAGGUCUCGUUGACGUGCUUCUUAAGGCUCUAAGUGACCCUACGAAGUAUACGGAUGAUGCACUGGACUCUCUGAUCAAGGUGUCUUUUGUCCAUUACCUUGACGCGCCCUCGUUAGCUCUUGUAACACGCAUUCUCGAGCGCGGAUUGGGAGACCGCUCGGCUACGAAACGAAAGUCCGCCCAAGUCAUUGGCAGUCUUGCACACUUGACAGAACGAAAAGACCUUGUUUCUCACUUGCCAAUCCUCGUUGCCGGUCUCAAAGUUGCAAUAGUCGAUCCAGUCCCAACUACCCGUGCCACUGCCUCCAAAGCCCUAGGCUCUUUAAUCGAGAAGUUAGGAGAAGAUGCCCUACCAGACCUCAUUCCAGGCUUAAUGCAGACUUUGAAAUCAGACACCGGAGCCGGAGAUCGGCUCGGAUCUGCCCAGGCUCUCAGUGAAGUGCUUGCGGGUCUUGGCACUAGUCGACUGGAGGAGACUCUGCCUACAAUUCUGCAAAACGUUGCUUCGUCCAAACCCGCUGUGCGGGAGGGUUUCAUGACGCUCUUCAUAUUCUUGCCAGUCUGCUUUGGCAACAGUUUUGCCAAUUAUCUCAGCAAGAUCAUUCCUCCGAUCCUCUCCGGACUUGCAGACGAUGUCGAGUCCAUUCGUGAUACAUCGCUUCGAGCCGGACGACUGCUUGUCAAGAACUUUGCAACAAGAGCCAUUGAUUUGUUGCUUCCAGAGCUUGAGCGGGGUCUCGCUGAUGACAAUUAUAGAAUUCGUCUUAGCUCUGUCGAGCUGGUUGGUGAUCUGUUAUUCAACCUUACAGGUAUCAGAGCAGAUACCGAACAGGACGAAGCUGAGGAUGGAGCUCAAGAGGCAGGGGCAUCCUUGCUGGAGAUACUUGGAGAAGAAAAGCGUAAUAGAGUUCUAUCUUCUCUAUAUAUCUGUCGCUGCGAUACGUCUGGACUAGUCCGUACCGCGGCAGUCACUGUUUGGAAAGCUUUGGUGGCCAGCCCAAGAACCCUGAAAGAAUUAAUUCCAACGCUUAUUCAACUCAUUAUUCGACGACUUGCCAGUUCCAAUAUGGAACAGAAGGUCAUCGCUGGUAAUGCACUUGGCGAAUUGAUUCGGAAAGCUGGUGACGGCAUUCUUUCGAGUUUGCUGCCGACUUUAGAGGAAGGCUUACAGACAUCAACGGAUACGGAUGCAAAACAGGGAAUCUGCAUAGCGCUUCGAGAAUUGAUAUCGUCUGCAUCUCCUGAUUCUCUGGAAGAUCAUGAAAAGACACUGAUAUCUGUUGUUCGGACUGCGCUAAUUGAUUCUGACGAAGAUGUCCGCGAAGCCGCAGCAGAGGCAUUCGACUCGCUGCAACAAAUCAUUGGCAAACGCGCCGUUGAUCAAGUGCUCCCUCAUCUUCUGAAUCUGCUGCGGACAGAAGAUGAAGCCGAUAAUGCACUUGCUGCGCUUUUGACACUGCUCACGGAGACGACACGAUCGAACAUCAUUCUCCCGAACUUGAUACCCACUCUUACCACCUCCCCGAUUUCGUCCUUCAACGCAAAGGCUCUGGCCUCUCUCUCAUCUGUCGCUGGCUCCGCCAUGACACGACGCCUGCCAAGCAUUUUAAAUUCCUUGAUGGACAAUAUUAUCGCCUGCACGGAUGAUGAGCUGCGUGCCGACCUCGAUGCAUCCUUCAACACCGUCCUCCUUUCCAUUGAUGAAUUUGAUGGCCUGAACACAGCAAUGAGUGUUCUCUUAGCACUCGUAAAACACGAGGAUCACCGAAGAAGAGCAGCAACGGAUUAUCACCUCGCAAAAUUCUUUGCCGUGGCGACUGUGGAUUACUCCCGUUACAAUCAAGACAUCAUUAGAGCACUUCUCAUGUCUUUCGACGAUAGAGACCCAGAAGUCGUCAAAGCAUCUUGGACAGCCUUGAACGAGUUCACAAAGCGACUGAAGAAGGAAGAAAUGGAGGCACUUGUCUUCUCCACUCGACAAGCCUUACAGCACGUUGGUGUGGCAGGCUCGAAUCUACCUGGUUUCGGAUUACCUAAGGGUAUCAAUGCCAUUCUGCCAAUAUUUUUGCAAGGCCUUAUGAAUGGUACUUCAGAGCAGAGGACUCAGUCUGCUCUUGCGAUAUCCGACAUUGUUGAUAGGACAAGCGGAGACUCGCUGAAGCCAUUUGUCACCCAGAUCACUGGGCCACUUAUCAGGGUUGUUUCUGAAAAGUCGGUCGAUGUCAAGGCUGCCAUCCUUUUGACGCUGAACAACCUCCUGGAAAAGAUCCCAACAUUCCUAAAGCCGUUCCUUCCACAAUUACAACGGACUUUCGCCAAGUCCCUGGCUGAUACUUCGAGCGAGGUUCUAAGAACUCGAGCUGCAAAGGCUCUGGGCACUUUAAUUACAUUGACGCCCCGUAUCGAUCCUUUGGUCGCCGAGCUGGUCACAGGAUCAAGGACGUCAGAUCUCGGUGUUAGGAAUGCUAUGCUAAAGGCAUUGUAUGAGGUCGUCAGCAAAGCCGGGGCUAACAUGAGUGAGGCAUCGCGAAGUGCUGUGCUUGGUUUAAUCGCUGCAGAUCCUGAGGAUAACGAUAUUUCCAUGGCCAUCACAAAUGCCCGGUUACUUGGUGCCCUCAUCAAGAACGUCCCUCCGGAAGGCGCCUCUGGUCUCAUCAAGACCCGAGUGCUAACAACGCACUUCACUCAGUCUUCAGUAUUAGCCCUCAAUGCUGUACUUGUGGAAUCGCCUUCGUUAUUGACCGAGGGUGCCUUUGCCGAGGACUUACCCGCAGUCAUCUGUCAAGGACUGUCAAGCAAGAAUAACUUCAUAUCAGACAAUUGCGUUCUCGCGGCAGGCAAAUACCUUCUUUCGGAGACUGGAAGCAGUGAUUUCGAAACGCUCAAGCCUCUGUUUGAAUCUUUGGCGACUUUGAUACAACCAGGAAAUGCGGCCGAUACCAGACGCUUGUCACUUGUCGUUGUACGUACUGUGAGCCGCCAUCACGUGGAGCUCGUCCGACCUCACCUUCCGCUACUGGCGCUGCCUGUGUUUGCGAGCGUUCGAGAUCCAGUCAUUCCUGUGAAGUUGGCCGCAGAGGCCGCCUUCAUGGCGCUCUUCAAUGUUGUUGACGAUGAGAGUAAGGUAUUUGAGAAGUAUAUUGCUAGUCAAGAACUGCCAGCAAACCAAAAGAGAAGCAUGCAGGAUUAUUUCAAACGGAUUGCAUUGAGACUUGCCAACACAGCAAGGGAGAGGAAAGAAGCUGAAGGCGGACAGGGUGGAUUGGGAUUAUCAAAUGAUGAGGUUGAGGACGAACGGGAGAUCUGGAGUGUUGGAAAGGUAGAUCUUGGUGAAGCAGCUUACGACGAGUGAUGAGGUAUGGUCUUUUCGGUGGUGCUGUUUUAGGCGUAUCAGCCAUUAAAAGUUGUGCUGCAUCGCAUUACAUGAGGAUAGCAUACGGUAGCUAGAAGCCACGUAUCUAGGUAGGUAGGUAGAUAUAAACGGCUACGAGGCCGUGCCAAACGUUUUGAUGGAUUUCUGAACAGAUCAGGCC